AUGCGUUCAUCCCUUCAGUCCCUCCUUGCCGGCUCGGCCCUCUGGGCUUCGGCCGGUGCUGUCACUCUUUUCGCCGCUGAUUCGGGGGGUAACGUGACGACUCUUUCCCUCACUGGCUGCAGCAAUAAUUACACUCUCUCUGUCACCUCUAAGACGGCCGAUUGUGAGGUCAACCCUUCCUGGCUGACGCUUGACGGGCCCAACCGAGUGCUGUACUGCUACGACCGCGGUGCCGGUUCCUCUGUGUCCGGUUCCCUCAACUCCUUCGCCAUUGGAGAAGACGGUCUUUUGUCUCGUAUUGCGCGUGUCAGUGCCCCUCUCAGCGGAGUCGCUGGUGAGAUCUUGACAACCUCUACUGGUGCUCGGGGUUACAUCUCGGCCUCAUACAACCGCAGUGCCGCUGCCGUCUUUGCACUUGGCGACGAUGGCGCCCUUCCUGGUACGGGCCCCGUCCAGGUGCUCAACCCCACACUCGAGAAGACAGGCCCUGUCACCCUGCGCCAGGACCGCAGCUACCUUCACCACGUCAUCAUUGACCCCACAAAUGAGUAUGUGCUCAUUCCUGAUCUCGGCGGUGACCGUGUUCGCGUCUACACGUACGACCCUGUGACAGUCGCUCCUAUCGCCGAGGUGGCCGGACUUACGGCCCCGCCCGGCUCCGGUCCCCGCCACGGUUUCUUCCGCAAGGCCCGCAACGGGAAGACCUUCUUCUUCUUCAACGGCGAGCUUGACCAGAAGGUCUACUCGUACUCUGUCGAGUACACUGCUGCCGGUCUUGUCUUCACCCAUGUCUUUGACGCCCCGGCCAUUGAUGCCGCGCUGCCUGCCACCAGGGCUCCCACGAGCGAGAUCGCUCUGAGCCCUGACGGCCGCUUCCUCACCGUGUCCAACCGUGAGAAGUCGUUCCGCGACUCCCCUAUCCUCGGCACCGGCCCCUCGGACACCCUGUCCACGUUCUCCAUCAAGGAGGACGGCACACUCAAGCUCGUUCAGCUCGCUCCUUCGGGCGGAUGGUCGCCUCGCCAGUUCUCCUUCAAUAAGGCCGGUACCCUUGUUGCCGUCGGUCACCAGAACAACCGUACCGUGACCAUCUGGAAGCGCGACGUCCGGUCUGGCAAGAUCGUGCUUGAGGAGGAUGGCGGCAAGGUCGGUGAGGUUGUGCUCACUGGUGCUGUCGUUGCUACCAUUUGGGACGAGUAG